AUGUCGUCCAAUGAAGUGAGGAAGAGGCGAGAGGAGCAGCAAGUUGAGAUUCGGAGGCAAAAGCGCGAGGAAAAUCUCGCUAAAAGGAGGAAUCUAUUCACAUCGGGCACGAACGAUGGCGACUCUGACGACGAGGGCGCGGCGGAAUGGGAGGCCGAGGGUGAAAUGCUCGUACAAGGCGUCCGCUCCGGUGAACUGCACCAACAGAUCGAGGCCACUGCUCGCAUUCGUCGACUCCUUUCAAAGGAAGAUAACCCUCCUAUCGAACAAGUCAUCAGAGCUGGCCUCGUUCCAUACUUUGUCAACUUUCUGCAGUCACCCGAUCAGCAGCUUCAGUUUGAGUCUGCAUGGGCACUCACCAAUGUUGCUUCUGGGACAUCGGAACAGACCCAGCUCAUCCUCAAUAAUGGUGCCGUUCCGCCGCUGGUCAAAUUAUUGAGCAGCCCCAGUCCUGAAGUUCGCGAACAAGCAGUCUGGGCACUGGGAAACAUUGCUGGAGAUGGCGCCAACUUCAGAGACUAUGUCCUUCAGUCGGGCGUAAUGGAGCCUUUGCUUGCCGUCAUUGGGAAUGAUUCGUCGAGCCUCAACCUCGUUCGUAACGCCAUCUGGACGCUGAGCAAUCUUUGCCGUGGCAAGAACCCUCCUCCAGACUGGGAAAUCGUCUCAAAAGCGCUGCCCUUGCUCGCUAAGAACAUCUAUUCGUCGGACAUGGACACACUUGUUGACGCGUCAUGGGCACUCUCUUACCUGUCAGAUGGAUCCAAUCAGCACAUCCAAGCUGUGGUCGAGGCUGGUGUCUGUCGCCGUCUCGUGGACCUCUUGACGCACCCAAGCCCGCAGGUCCAGACACCAGCCUUGAGGUGCAUUGGUAACAUUGUGACGGGAGAUGACCUACAAACGCAAGUUGUGAUCGCAUCCGGUGCGCUGCCUGCACUGCUUCCUAUCUUCAGAACGUCCCGGGAGGGUUUGCGCAAGGAAGCGUGCUGGACUGUCAGUAACAUCUUGGCUGGAACGACGAAGCAAAUCCAAGCAAUCAUCGAUGCCGGAAUCUGGCCAGAACUCGUCAAUUGCUUGAGUUCGACUGAGCCACGCACGAGACGAGAAGCGUGCUGGGCUGUUUCCAACGCCACUUCUGGCGCAUCUCCGGAUCAGAUUGCAUACUUUGUGGACCAGAACACACUCGGCCCACUCUGCGCGAUGCUGUCGAUGAUGGACAACCGGAUUAUCAAGGUGACGCUCGAGGCGUUGGACAAUAUAUUGAAGAAUGGAGAGUUGCUAAAGAUUGCAUUGGGACAAGGCGCGUCGAAUCCAUAUGCGGCGAUUGUCGAAGAGGUUGGAGGGAUGGUGGCGAUCCACAAUCUGCAGUCGCACGACAACAAUGAGAUUUACAACAUUUCAUACCGGAUAAUGGAGACGUAUUUUGCAGAUGAAGAGGACGAUGUGCCGAUUGCAGAUGAUGGCGGAUUCAAGCUGCAACGUGGCGAGGCACCCGCUGCACCAUUCAAUUUUGGUGGAAACUGGGGAUCGUGA